CCUUACGUGAAUGCAGUAACUGAUAACUCUCUUGAGCAUGUUUCGCUCUGCCGGUUAUUAUCGUGGUGUGAAUUGUCCAUUCUUUGCCAGCGGACUUUGUGAACGCCCGUAUUGUCACUUUAGACACGUCAAACAAGAUCACAAUGAAGAUCUGAACAGCAGGGCACAUACUCCAUCUGCCUCAAAGGAUGCUAGUACCUAUUUGGAGAAGCUAUCGGAUGGACAGUUCCCAUUGACAAGUGAAUCAAUCAAGUCUUUCUCAAAGGACAGUGAUGUGGAUCUUGAUGAAAAGAAAUUCAACGAUCAAAUUUUCAACAAGUAUACAGGUGAACCAAUAGUCAAUGAGGAAUCAGAAAAGUUGGGAACUAUUGUCACAAAUCAAAAUGACAUUGAUAAAUAUAGUCAAAAACCGGUGGAAUACAACAAAUAUACAGGAGAGCCUAUUUAUCAUAAAGAAGAUACAUCAUCAUCUUUGAAUAAACGAUGGACAGAAGCAGUGCUUGGAAGUAGCACUCCAACCUAUAAUCCUACUCCAUUGAGUGAAUUGCAAAAACGAAAUGCAAAUCCAAAUCUGAAUAAGUAUUCAUUGUCAGUUAGUUCAAGUACUUGCAGCCAAGAAUAUGACCCAGAAUCAAACUACUCCACCUCUACUAAGCUCACCCAUGUUCCAGUCCCUCAAGUUGGUCGACCUUCAUAUGCCAGUAAGAGGUCGUGUAGUUAUGAUCCUUCAAAUGUCAAGUACAAAAAACCUGUUCUCAAAAGACAACGUGUAGCUUCAUUCUUUGAUGCAAAGUUUAGUUCUGAUGAAGAAGAACAACAUACAAAAGCAGACCAUGGAAACGAUGAAAAAACAGCUUCAAGUGACAAAGAAGAUAAAUUUCAUCUGAAGGAUGUCAAUUAUUUUGAGAAGCUUUUGGAUGGACCAAAGGAUGUAAAGAAAAACCGUGUUAAAGUUGAAAGUGAUGAUUCACUAGAUUCUUUGGAUGAAGAUGUCGAUGUUACACCUUUACUGGAAAAAUGUAGAAGGCGUUCACAGUCAGGGGGCACUGAUUAUGACAGUGCUGAGGAGAAAAUCUCCAAUACAGAUAAGGGAGACAACUCAAACACUGUCAGAGAGAUUAUCUCUGAUGAAGUUAAUGAUAGCUCUGAUUCUGUUGAUAGAAAAACAAACAAAGCAUUCAGAGUGGAAUCAAUCCCUAGCAUUGGCAGUGAAAAUGACAAAUCUGCUGAAAAUUGUGAUAAAAAUGACAACAAAAAUCACAGUGCUUUGUCAUCACAUUCAAAAUCUUCCCACCAAAGAUCUAGUAAUUCUCAUAAGUCACUAAAAGAAUCAUCAAAAAUUUCUGUGGAAGAUGGAAAUUCAACUCAUAAAUCAUCAAAGGAGUCAUCUUCAUCGAAAAAUUCCCAUAAAGGGUCUGUUAAUUCAUCUCAUAAAUCAUCUAAAGAUUUGUCUUCAUCGAAAACAUCCCACAAAGGGUCUAAUAAUUCAUCUCAUUUAUCAUCAAAGGAAUCCUCAACAAAAUCUUCCAAUAAAAAAACUGAACAUGUAAAAUCUUCUCAUAGUGAUAAGAGUUCACAUCGUUCUUCAUCAUCAAAGUCUCAUUCUAACACAUCUAUAAGUACAGAUCAAGUGGUCAUAUCCAAACGAAAAUCCCGAGAUUCCCAAGACAGUAGAUCACCAGAAAACGAAAACCAUCCGUGUAAUACUGACAAUUCAAAAAGUGUUUCUAAGUCAUCUACUAAUAAUCACAAACAUUCAAGACAUUCAAAUUCAAAAUCGUCAUCUUCAAGCAAACACAAGCAUAAUUCAGAAAAAAGUCACACAAAAAAUUCUCACAGUUCAUCACAUGGCUCAGGGUCUAGUAAACAUAGCAAAGACAAGCAAGUCAAACACAAAGACAGUACAGAAGACAAUAAAAAAGGGACCAAGUCUGUGUGUUCUGAAAGGAGAAAGUCUUCGGAGACGACCAAGAAAAAAAUUGUAGAUAUCAAUGUCGAUCUUUUUGGUGCAGACACGGAGGAUGAGGAUGAUGAUGGUGACUUGGUGGAGGUGCCAAUGGUGACCGAUGAAGGACAUCUCUCCGAGAGUGACAUGAUAGCAUUUCUCAAUGAUAGUGAUUACUCAGAUGAAGACGUUGAUAGAUAUGAUGAAUGUUUAAGAAUAUUUCAGGAAAACAGUGGUGUGCAGAAUAAUGCCAACAAAAAGAAAUUAUCUUCAGAAAAAACCCAGGAUGCAAAUGUCCCACAAACCCCAACUGGCAAGCAGCGUAUGGCACACAAGAAAGAUUCUGAGUUUACCAGGAAAAUGAAAGUAUUUGAGAAACCAAAGACCAAGAUGUCUCCUGCUGAGGUGAUGCACAACCGUUUCCUCCAGAUACAGAAAAAGGCCCAGGAGGCUGCUGCUGCUGCUGAAUCUGGAAGUAAUGGAACAGCCUCAUCCUCAACAGCAAGAAAGUCUCUCUUGUCUGGGACUAAAACAAGGACUGCCCACAACCCUUCUACCUCAAAAACUAAUGGUGCAUCCUUGGGGAAAACUACCGUCACCACUGCAUCACGGACAGAGAAAAGGAAGGCUCGCACUCCAAAUGUUUCCAACUUGGCAAGACCAACAAUUCCUUCCGAGUUUGGGAGUAAAGUACCAUUUAAUAUCCGUCAACGUUAUCUCAAUCUCAUCAUUGAUGAAUGUCUCAAAAUAUGUGAUACAGAAAAAGAAGCAUUUGAUAAGGGUCAGAUGGAGGAGACUGCAGUGUACAAGAGGGCUUCCAGUAAAACUGUCUACCUCAAUAUUGCUGUUAACACCAUAAAGAGACUUCGCACAGAACAGCCUGGCCCAUCCAGUUCUAAAAAGCCAAAGCAGACCGUGUUCCAACUAUCACAUGAACAGAUACUUGGGGGUAAAAAUGCCACAAAAACAACAUUCACGGUCAAUCGAUCAGGCGGGGGCUCAAAAUUACAAGAGGAAAAUUUUAAAGGAGCUGAAUUGUAUAAGCGCCUGACUCGGUACAUUCUGACAGACGAGCAGAUGAAAGAGAAUGGUUUUCCUAGACCUUCCCCAACCGUUUCAGGCUCAGCCAUUUUUCAUGUUGAGCCAAGAAAGAAAAUCAAUGUUCAGUCAUCAAAGCCAACAAAUUAUGAGAAAUUGUGUGUCAGAUGUGGUAAGAUUUUCACUGUGUACCCCAACGGAACUUAUGCCACCAAAGAGGAGUGUUCAUAUCACUGGGGAAAAGCAUGGAAGAAACGUGUUGCUGGUAUGAUUGACACAAGGUAUACCUGUUGUCAAGGUGACUUAUCAUCAGACGGCUGUCAGAUUGCCAAGGGCCAUGUCCACGAGACCAACAAAUGGGAAGCUCUGUCUGGGUACAUGAAGACAUUUCCAUGCUCACCGCCAUGUGAUGGAGACUACGGAGUGUUCGCCUUGGACUGUGAAAUGGUUUACACAAAGUUUGGAAUAGAGCUAGCACGAGUCACAGUCACAGAUCCAGAAAACGACUGUGUGUACGAAACACUUGUCAAGCCAGAUGGAGCUGUUAUAGAUCAUAACACAAGGUUCAGUGGACUGACUGAAGAAGACCUGAAAGAUGUGACCACCACACUGAGGGAUGUACAGGCUGUGUUGCUCAGCCUUUUUUCUGACCGCACUAUCGUCAUGGGUCACAGUCUGGAGAGUGAUUUCUCUGCCGUCAAGCUUCUACACAACACUGUCGUGGACACCUCAGUCGUGUUUCCACACAAGAUGGGACCACCCUACAAAAGAGCAUUGAAGACACUCAUGGCGGAAUAUCUGAAGAAAAUUAUCCAAGAUGAUGUUGGCGGCCAUGACAGUAAAGAGGACUCUACAUCGUGUAUGGAACUAAUGCACUUGAAAAUUAAAGAAGAUGCACGCAAAGAACCAAGGCGAAGUUGAUGAGCACGCAAAGAACCUCGGCAAAUAGAUCGGCAUGCUAAGUAUCCAGGAAGAGUUGUUCAACACAGAAGAAUCGAGGUGAAGACAAUCAGUGUGUGGUGAACCCAGGCAUAGUUGAUCAUUGACAGAUGACAAAGAGUUGUUUGAUUUAAGUUUUCUAAGAAAUUCAUGUUCAAUCUCAACUUCUAGAUACAUUUACACUUAUCACUGUAGUGACCUGUGAUAGUCUUGCCACUUUUUUACCAGGAAACACUGGAGGAGGAAAUCGUGGGUUCUAUCAGUCCAAUCAUAAAUAUAUAUGAACUGAGGUAAAUAUUUUUUUGGAUACAAUUGUUUAGAUAUUGGGAUUAAAAUUGUUCAAACUGAUCAUAAGGAAUGGUUUUAUUGUGUACAAGCAAUUCAAAACAUGUUAAAACAGUGCGGCAGUUUGAAUUUGGUUUCAAGUGCUGUCCUAUGUUUCAGGUAGAUUCAGAUUUUGAUUUAAAUGGUUAGAAAUUUUUGCAGCAUUUCGUACGGUGUAUAACGUAUGUUGUUCAUAUUCCAAUAAGUUAGAAGUAUGGUAAAUACAGUAAUAUUUAUUCAUACCAGGAUAAUCUUGUUUAAGUUUCCAUUUUCUGGAUAAUUACCUUCAUAAGAUGUGAACACUUAUUCUAAACUUGAUGUUUGAAUUUUUUGAAAUAUUUUUUCUGAAGAUGUUAUUUUAGAAUUGGAAGUUCUGACCAAAGCCAAAGUAGGAAAAUUACCAUCUGGUGCUUGAGCUGGGGAGGUUUCAUAAGUGUAUAUAAUUGCUGUCAAGUCCGACACAUCUUCUUAAAAUAGGGCUGUUAGGUGUGCGUUAUUGUGAGGACUAGUGUAUAAAUGUUUACAUGUUUUGUGUGGCAUGUUGCAGUAAAUAGAGAAAACAUUCUCAGAUAUUGUUUUCUUGUUGAAUGUAUGGUAGUCAACUUGAAAUAAUUUGUUCGACAGAUAUUUGCGAAUUAUUGAAACAUCUAAAACAGAAGAUUGAAUGUUACUUUACUGUAAAAAAUAGUUCUUUCUCAGAAGAAAAGUUCCAUAUAAUAUUUUAAUAUGA